CGCUAGUUGAGCUCAGCUGUACUAAUAUGUGAUAUUGAAUUGUUUAGUUAGCUGUAUUAUUGAAAAAAUGUGCGCUGUGACAUAGUUCUAAAUUAUAUUUUUAUGAUGGCAAUACAGAUAACAAUAUCUAAGAGUACUUGCCUUUUGUUAGGAGCCGGUUUAGGAGUCAUGAUGGCUUUUAUUCUACCUCCGUCGUGCAAUGCAUGCAAAAAAAAACAAAAAAACAAUAAGAAUGAAUGUAUGCAUGCAGCUACAAAUACUGAUAAGAAAGAUGACGAAAAGCCAAGCAAGUUAUAUGGUGAUAAAACUAUGAGCGACAUUUUAGAAAAAGCUAAAUUGAGUAUUCGUAAAGUAUGGAAUGAAGGGUGGAACAUCAAGCUUUUGAAUACCAAAACGACAACUACUCUCAGUUCAGAUAUUUUUGUUGACGCUCAAUCUAGCUUUCCAAUAACGAAUAGUCAUUCUAAAGGCAUUUUCAACCCGAUCUUUGAUUCAGAUGAUACUGAAAGCUUGAGUACCAUAUACACACCUGUUGGUAAACUCAGCGUUUCGCAACGUUCUUCAUUGAGGGACACAGUUAAGAAAGGAUUCAAAGAUAUAGCUAAAGGGUAUAAAAGAUCACAUACCUCAAAAAAUGAUAGCAUCUGUAAAAGUUAUCCGAAGCAUGCGUCAACACUUAUUGAAGUUGAAAAUAAGUCUAAGGUACAAGGUGUUUUAGAAAAUGAAAAUACUCAAAUGAGCAAUGAAUUUCAUACUAAUGAAACUAAUAAUGAAAGUCAUAGCGAUCGGAAAUUAGUGUUAAAUUUCAAAACAUCCUUUAGCCCUAUAAUCAGGAUAUUUCAAGCUAUAAAGAGUACGACACGUAAGCGUACGAUAAAACGUGCUAAAGACGGAAGCGAUAAGAAGAAUAAUGAAAUUCUUAAAGUGGUAGGAUCUGGCAUAACGAUGUAAUCUCGAUAAAAAUCGAAUUAUCUAUUUUGAUUUCUUUUAUAAUAAAUUCUCAAUUUUUGUUAAAUAUGUCGAAUUUUUAUGACAUUUAAAUUUCUAUAUAAAGAGGUUUUCCAUAAUUUGAGAAAUGAACUGACAAAUUUGUUUCUGAAAUUGUUUCUUACACUCUUUAUUCAGCAAAGUAUAAUGCAUUAAAUCAAAUAAAUAAAAAUUUGUUUGAUUGAAUGAUGACUAAAUAUUGUGAAAUGUUCGCGGUUUUGUCAGAUCGCAGACAGCGUUUGGCUAAAAAGUUAUAGAUAGGUAAUGCCAGAUUGGCUGAGGAACCUUUCUGUUUUCAUUUGCAAAUAUAAUGUAAUCCAGACUAUUGAAUUGUUACCUUUUAAACUCUUCAUUCUAUAAUUCUAUCUUGUACCCUGCUAAGUGCAAGAAUCAAUUUUUGUUGUAAUUUUGUAUUUGUAAUGUAAUUUUUGUUGUUGUAUAUGCCUACAAUGUUAUUUACAAUUGUUGUAAAAACGUAAUACAUUGUUAAUACUACCACAAUCACUGGCCUUUUAAUACUCAAAAUGUAACGCACGACUUUUUUACAGUGGCUUCAUAAGAGCAAAGUCUCAUCGGCAAUUAGGUGACAGUGAUAUCAAUCGCAGCGCAGCGGUACAUACAAGAAAGAUGAGGAACAAACAUAUACAACGCAGUUGCCACAUGUACAGUCUGGCAUCUCGACCCUGACAUAAUAAUUGCCAUAGGAUCUGGACAGAAGCAUUAGAAGAUACACCGCAGUAGUAAGGGGAGCAAUACGCAUUAGAUGUGCCGACUACAUACGUCCUUCCCGCUUCGAUAAUGGCAUUAAUAACACAUUAUUUUCAAAGCACAACGCGCGACGAUCAGCUGCUGCUGUUGCUGUCUGGUGCUAAAACCUUGCCGAUUCAUGCGCAAGUUAGAGCGGAUUUUCAUUUAGAAAACCAACUUUAUCCGUUCGCUAUUCAAGGAUUUCCUUACCAACGGUUCCUGAGAAAUAGCAUCGCUAGCAUUACUUUCUUUAAGUUACAUUACAAAUAGAGAAAAUUACUUCAUGAGAAACUAUUACCAUGCCGUGCAGGAUUCAAAGAUUCUAGUAAUAUGUGUAUUGAUGUACAGCAGACAUUCUGCUGUAUAGUUCACAUUUUGACACAUUCUAAACGAGAAAUAUUUUAAAAAUUAUACAUUUACUUAAGAAGUCAAUACUC